AUGUUUAUCAUUCAAGGUAAAACAAAACCAUUUCAGGUUUUUCUACUUGUUCCAUUUUGGUUGAUAUUCGUGACAUGCCAACUAAACAUGUACAAUGUCGAAAGGAAAGAUUUUGAAAGUCAUUCAUUAGCAUAUGACUGUUUAAACCAUUACAUUUAUCGAAAAAAAUUGGCUUAUCAAAACUUGUAUGAUAUUAUUGUCGAUAUCAUCCCAUUUUGUAUUCGUCCAAGUAAUGAUUCGAGUAAUGACGCAUCCGAUACUUCUGUUCAUCCACUCGCACGCCGAUUAUCAUUCACAGAAAUCAGUUUGCUUGGUAUUAAUUCGCAACAAGUUGUUUCUUGGUCAAUUCCAAUGAUUACAGCUGAACGGUAUCAGGCUUAUUUGAAUGCAUCCAAAACAGAAUCAUCGGAUGAAUACUUCUACAAUUGUACUCAACCAUGGUUUGGUAUUCGAUGUCAAUAUUCAUUUGGAUCUCAGUUUAUUGGCAUGUCAUUUAAUGAGAUUGUUGAAGUAAUAUUUACCGAAAAACAACCCUUUUCGGAAUCAUCUAACACAUUGAUGCCUAUAUCGAUGACAUGCUAUGUUCUGAUCGAAUGUCAUCGUGAUGGAUUGAAAUGGUGUCUCGACUGGCGUGAGAUUUGCAAUGGAGUUCUGGAUUGUUUUGAUGAAGGCAUCGAUGAAGAAGGUUGUUUUGUCUUGGAAAUGAAUGCAUGUGCAGAUGACGAAUAUCGAUGUCAUAAUGGCAUGUGCAUUGCAGAAGAUCUGUGGAACGAUGGAGAGGGCGAAGCAUAUUGUGCUGAUCGAUCGGAUGAAAUGCCGGGUGUUUCGUAUAUGAAGAUGUGCUAUCAAGAUGCAUCAUUUCGAUGUGAAGAGCAUUCAUGUCGAGCAGAUGAUGGUUCAUUUUCAUGUGGUGAUGGUGAAUGUGUAAGAAGAUAUGAAUAUUGCUAUAGUGGUCGACACCGAUUGUUGAUUGAAUCGAUGCUGAAACAAGGUGAUCUUGCAGAUGAAUGUUGGAUGGCAAUGACUUGCUUGACUCGCAUUGUCCAAGAAAUCAAUGGCACAUCGUGCAAUCAUUGGUUAAUGACUGACUAUGUUAAUAUGUCUCUGACAAAAUGUCCUUGGUUCUUUCAAUUUCCAGCCGUUGCAGUAUACUCAAAUCACGUUCGUUUCUUCUAUGAAGAUGUUCAUUCGCGAAAUGAUUCGAAUAUGUAUUUCUUGCCUGACUACAUUUGCUAUGAUGCAAUCCUGUGUAAAUGCGGUUCGUUCGAAAAGGUACAUGAUAACCUUACUUGUAUAAUGGGUUCCAAUUCAGAUAUGGAAUGGGACAGAAAUAUGGAAAAUCCUUGGAGUACAUUGAUCUGGUGGGUUGAGCAAAAGUUUCGCUCUUGUUUAGUAUCUAAAAAUUUUAAUUCAAGUGAAAUGGCAUUUAUAAAUUACUCAACUUUGUAUAUAUGUGAAACUUCGUCGAAAAUAAUUUCGACCAGUCAUGUUAAAGAUAACAUAUACGAUUGUGCAGAGAUGGAUGACGAAUUUUCUGAAAAUGGUUGUUACCCAGGAGAUCGGUAUCGAGUCAAAUGUGAUACCACCGAUAUUUGUUGGCCACCGAUAUAUCAAGCCAAAGCCUACAAAUCAAGUUACGUGCAAAGUCUAGGAAAUAUUCCAUUUCAGAGCUUUUGUGAUGGAAUUCGCCACGACUUUUACCACAAUUUUAACAAAGAAAGACAUAGCGAAGAAGAUGAAUGUAAUUUGAAUCAUUUAUGUAACAACAUUUAUGCACGGUGUGACGGAUUUUGGGCAUGCGCAGAUGGGCGAGAUGAAUUCAAUUGCGGUCAAACAAUAUGUCCAUUGAACGAACAUGCAUGUGUAUCACCACACAAUUAUACGGUGUUCUGCUUACCUCACAAUCGUGUCAAUGAUAGUGUCGACGAUUGUCUCGGUGCGACAGAUGAACAAGAAGAAUGUCGCUUUAAAUGGAAUUCAAAUCAAGAAAUGUCUUAUCUUCGAUGUCUAAACGACACAAUGUGCUUAAAAUCAUCAGACUUAUGCGACAACAUUAAACACUGUCCAUUACAUAAUGAUGAUGAAGCAUUUUGUCGACAUCUUCCAUUCACAUUCACCUGCAACCAAAAUAAAUCAAAUCAUCGAACUCAAAUUGAACACAUCCUAUGUGGAAUCAAUGAACAUGACAGUCAUCGUUUCAGAUUCUUCACUCUCGUCACUUCAUCCACUUAUCCAGCAUUAAUUUCAUCCGAUCUCAUCGAUCCUAUCAAUUACAUCCAACCACAAGAACAGCAUUUGAUCGUUAAAAAAAAUACAAAGAACAAUUCAUGGUCACACUAUUGUAAUCGUGGAUUAAUGAUUACAAAAUUCACAAAUAAUGGCAUCCAGUCGAAAUGUCUUUGUCCACCAAGUUAUUAUGGUGAUUUAUGUCAAUAUCAAAAUCAACGUAUCAGUUUAAAACUACAAUUAAGUUCAACAAAUCGACAGGAAAUAUAUGGUAUUGUUGUUAUUCUGAUGGAAAACAACCGAAUUAUAGAAUUUAAUCAAUUUCAAUACAUCGCAAAAGAUAGUUGUACAAUGAAAUUCAAUCAAUAUCUUUUGUAUCAAAGAAGACCAAAAAAUCUUUCAUCCAAUUAUAAUAUUCGUAUUGAUGUGGUUGAAAAGAAUUCGAUGAUUUAUAUUGGACAUUGGUAUUAUUCAGUUCCAUUCUUAUUUUUACCAGUGAAUCACAUGGCUUUAUCACUCAACUUAUCAUCAAUUAUCAUGGAGAAAGAAAGAAAACAAUGUUUAAGUGAAUGUUUAGAUAAACAAGAAUGUGUUCCAUAUGUGAAUGAUAGAGACAAAUCAUUUUGCCGAUGGAAGACACCAGUAGAGCAAUAUGGUUGUUCAAAUGAGUCGAUAUUUAUUGGAAUGAAAGACAACAAUAGGUCAAUUUGUAUGUGCUCAUUAGUUGCAUAUGGACCAACUUGUUUACUCUCAUCAAAAUGUUCAAUCAAUCCUUGCAAAAACCAUGGUCAAUGCAUUAGAGAUGAAUGGGAUAUUUUUCAUCAAAAUUAUUCAUGUAUUUGUUCAAAUAAAUAUUAUGGUUUGAAUUGUGAAUAUCGCAAAUGGCAAUUAGAUGUUGAAUUUGAUAAUAAGAUGAAAAUUCCAUCUUAUAUUAUUGCAUAUUUUUAUACAAUUUCGAAUCAAUCCCAACCAAUCAAAACAAUUGUUCUUCGAAAAUUGACACUUUUUCAACAUAUUGUUACAUUUCAUAUUUCAAUUGCAUUUCAUUUAGUUUUUAUUGAAAUUCAACAUCGAUUUUACCUUGCGUAUCUUCAGCAUCAAUCUUAUAUGCAUGUAUUAACAAAUCUUAAUCCUGAACAAGAAUGUCAUUCGAUUGAGAAGUAUGUCAAUUCAAAAGUUCUUGAAUUACAUCGAUAUGAACGAAUAAAUGAAUUUCAUCGUAUUUGUUUAACUCAUUGGGAUGUAAAAUGUUUUGUUGAUGAAAUUUAUAUGUGUUUAUGUACAAAUGAUCAUCAUGCAAAUUGUUUUGAAUUUCAUGAUGGAAAACUUCAACCAUAUCCAUAUCAACGUUUUCAAUGUUCAUCAACAGAUAAAUAUUGUUUGAAUGAAGGUCGAUGCUAUCAAGAUCAUCCAAAAUGUCCAUCGACAAAGAUUUGUUUAUGUCGUGAUUGUUUCUUUGGUGAUCAAUGUCAAUUUUAUGCAAAAGGUCUUGGAUCAACAUUAGAUGAAAUUUUAGGAUAUGAAUUUCAAUAUGGAAAAAGUUUUUCAUCUCAAUCAUUUUCAAUUCAUGUGAGUGCAUUUCUAACAAUGUUCAUUUUUGUGGGUGGUAUGAUGAGUAGCAUUUUUGCUUUGAUGACAUUUACACAAAGAAAACCAAGAGAAGUUGGUUGUGGUUUAUAUUUAUGGACAUCAUCAUUAACUUCGUUGAUAACAAUUAUAUUGUUUACAGUCAAAUUUUUGUUACUUCUUAUUUCUUAUCAAAACGUACCGAAUCUUCGAGUGAUUUUAAUAACAAAUUGUCGAUGUAUUGAAAUCUUAUUAAAACUAUUUUUAUUUACUGAUAGUUGGUUGAAUGCUUGUGUUGCCAUUGAAAGAACUUAUUCAAUUCAUCGUGGUUUAUAUUUUGAUCAAUUUAAAAGUCGAAAAGCAGCGAAAUGGGUAAUUGGAUUUAUAUUAAUUCUUAAUACUGGAGCACUUAUCCCUCAAUUUAUCUUUCUUCAUGUUUUUCAAGAUGAAAUAGAAGAAAGAAGUUGGUGUGUAGUUCGAUAUACGAAUUGGAUACAAAUUUAUACAAUGGCAAUGUUAUUUAUUCAUUAUUUUGUACCAUUAUGUAUUCAAAUAUGUUCAACAAUUUCAAUAAUUUUGAUAACAACUCGUCAAAAAAGAGCAGCACAAUCUGAUCGAAGUUAUUGGAGUCAUUUGAAGAAAAAGAUUCGUAAGUAUAAACAACUCUUGAUCAGUCCAUUGAUUAUUAUUUGUUUAACAUUACCUCAUUUAAUAAUUUCAAUAAUUCUGGAUUGUCAAAAAUCAUCUCGAUUGUUUUGGUUUUACUUAAUUGGAUAUUUCUUAUCAUUUAUACCAGCUGCAAGUGUUUUCCUCAUAUUCGUAUUACCAUCACCACUGUAUCGAGCUCAAUUUAGGCAAUGUAUUUUUCAUUUAAAACAACAAAUGAGCAGAUGA